AUGGAACUCAUUCGGUUGCCGUCCCAAGUUCUUAUAGUGCUUAUGAGCUGCAAAUAUGGUAGCUCCUUACUUUAUCCAACAUCAACUUCUCUUGGACUCACGUCAUCCAUUUCCGUGCCUGUCGCUGAAUUUUUCCCGGAACGUCGUAUACUAGUCGAUUGGUGUUUUGCCAUUUCCUACGACUUGCCACACAACUUGAGCUCCUUUUAUAGCAUACCCAUCUGGCCGGGUUUUGCCAACUAUAAAACGAAACGCGAGCUGGCCCGUAAUGAUUAUAAUGAUCGAAAGAUCUAUGAAAAAUAUGGCUACAAUUCAUUGAUUCAAACACAUCCCAAGGAUUUCUCAGCUGGUGAGCUUUAUGCGAGCAUUGAGGACGCAUUGACCUCCUACGGAUUUCACGAUACCUGCCUAUUACGUAGUGUUUGCGAGCUGGCCACGCAUCCAUUUGAUGAUCAUCAUCAGCAUAUAUUAAGCGAUAUAUUGACUUUUAUAUUGAGUCCUACGCAGCACGAUGGAUUUUUAGAAAGUGAGCAAGUCUAUAAAGAGGCCUAUGAGCAGGCAGAGCUUGAUGGCUUCCUGGGAAAAGAUUGCAUUAAAUUGUAUGCGCAUUGCAAACACGAUAUCCUUAGACUUAUUAGUAAUGUAAUUUUCCCACAUGCUAAAGAACUUGAAUAA